GGGUGGCAUAAGGACGAAAGGGUAGAUGGAAUUAAAAAGAAGUGCACGAAGUGGAUUUUAGGCCUAGACAGAAGGACGUCGAACUACACAAUGAUCGAAGAGACCAAGAAGAGAGAGAGAGAGAGAGAGAGAGAGAGCGCUGGGACACGAGGAAAGGGUAAAAGAUCGGACAGCAAACUGGUUGUGGAAUGCUUAAAAAAGAUAGAAAAGGAAGGUGUGACGGAGAGAAGAAAUAAUUGGAAGGGAAAAAGAAAGCUCGGGUUGGAGGGCUUAGGAAAAAAUAAAUCUUCCCCCUUCUAAUAUCUGUAACCACGGAUAUUACGACUUCGGAGGACAGUUGUACGGUAUGAUUUUCGUACGAGACUGCAAUUGAUCGGCCUUCAGAUACGAAAACACGAUUUGAAAUCUCGACAUCGCGGCGCAGUCAGAUUCUAUCGUUUUGGAUAGACAGCUGUAAUCGCAGGAAGAUGCUGGAAUCGAGUGAGCAAUAUGUCGGAGAUAAUGUAUCUACUAAGGAUGUAACAGAAAUAUCUAGAUCCCAA